CUUUUUAAUAUCUUUUUUUUUUUUUUUUUUUUCGGAGCUGGGGACCGAACCCAGGGCCUUGUGCUUCCUAGGCAAGCGCUCUACCACUGAGCUAAAUCCCCAACCCCGACACAAAUCUUUUUAAAGCUGGCUCCCAGGCUAUUUAGAUGGUUCAGCCAAUGAUGAGUUUGCAUAAGCAUGUUGAUCUGAACUUGGGCUCAGAUACCCAGGGUCUAUGUGAAAAUCUAGGGAUAAGGUUAGGAGUGAUAGGUAGAUCUCUGUGGGUUUGAGGCCAUCCUGGUCUAAAGAGUGAGUUAUAAGAUAGCCAAGGCUAUAUAGAGAGAGACCCUGCCUCAAAAAAAAAAAAAAAAAAACUGAACAAACAAAUAAGUAAAUCCAGUCAUGGUGGCACCUACCUGCAAUCCUGGUGAUAGGGGCCUGGAGAAAAGAGAAUCCCUGGGGAUUACUGGCUAGCUAGUCUAGCCAAAUCAGUGAGCUCUAGGUAGAGUGAGAGAUCCUGUCUUGGAUCUGGGAGAGACCCUUGAGGUCUUAUCUACUCCUGAGGAUUAAUAGUGACUGGGGAAGGGGAAUCUCAUGAGAGACAUUUUCUUCAGUGGUAAAACCACUGGUAAGGUGCCCAUGUCUCUUAACUCUUUAAGCUUUUAACCCAUAAUACUUAAUCCCUGGCCAAUACUCCUGUAAGCAACCCUGGUGAAACCCAUUGAAACACACACAAACACACACACACACACACACACACACACACACACACACACACACACACACAUACACGCACGUGCGCGCGCGCACGCACCAUGAGAGGAGAAGGUAGACAAGUUGUAGGGGGACAAGGGAGGGUAUUGGAGGUCCAUGACUGUGAUCAAAAUACAUUCUAUGGGGUUUGGCAAAUGACUUAAAGGGUGAAAACAUUUAUUGCCAAACCUAACAACCUGAGCUCAGUCCCCAGAUCCAUAUUGUAGGUGGAGGAAAGAACCAGUUCCCGAAAGUUGUCCGCUCAUUUAGACAUUUCCACCUACCCCAAUAGGUAAGAAAAUAAAGGAAACAAAUGUUAAGAAAUAUUAUAUGUAUGUAUAAAUCACAAUGAACCCAUUAUUAUAUAUAAAACCAAUGUAUCCCCAUGUCUUAGGUACUCUUUCUAUUCCUGUGAUAAGACACCAUGUCCAGGGCAACUUAUAAAAGAAAGCAUAUGAUCUGGGGCUUAUGGUUUCAGAGGGCUAGGAUUCACGAUGGAUGAGCAAAGGCAUGUGGUAGGAGCAGCUAAGAGCCACUUGAUCCACAUCUCCAUCCACAAAUAGGAGUCAAAGAGAGAAAAGCUAGGAAUGGCCCAAGUCUUUUGAAAUUUCAAAGCCUGCCAUCAAGUGACACACCUCCUUCAACAAGGCCACACCUCCUCAUCCUUCUCAAACAGUUCCACUGACUGGGGACCAAAUAUUCAAAUAUAUGAGCCUAUGGGGCCAUUCUUUUUUUUUUUUGGUUCUUUUUUUCGGAGCUGGGGACCGAACCCAGGGCCUUGCACUUCCUAGGUAAGCGCUCUACCACUGAGCUAAAUCCCCAGCCCCCUAUGGGGCCAUUCUUAUUCAAACCAUUGCAGCUAAUAAAAACAAUUUUCAAGUUCAUAAUUCUUCUACCCCUGCUUCCUAAGUGCUGGGACUGUCGGUGUGUACAUCAUGCCCAGCGUAAUCAUUUUUUAACUCCCGAGUUUGGAAUGCUCUGCUAGACCUAGAGAGUCAAACUAUGAUGGCUGGAGAGAUGGCUGCAUGGUUCUUCACUUGCUGUUCUUGCAGAGGAUCCAGGUUCAGUUCCCAGUACUCACAUGAUAGCUUACAACCAUCCAUAAAUCCAGUUUCAGGGGCUCCAAUACCUUCUUCUGACUUCUGCAGGCUUACAUUUAUGAUACAUAAAUUCACUGAGGAGAAACACUACAUAUAAAGUUUUUUUUCUUUUUUAAAGGGAACAGAAAUCCCUUUGUAUCCUAUCAAGACCAUCCUACCCACAUUUAAGACUUUAUUCUGUGGUCCUCAGCACCCCUAAGUUGCUGCUGAAAUCCAGGCUCUAGUACCCAGCAUUACUUUCUCCUUGGUCAAUGUCACUGGUUAUUACACUGGUUUCAAACAGUGGCUCUUUUAUGGCCUGCGCUCUAAUUGUGGUGAGUGACACCACACAUUUUCUCUUGUUCAAGGAGCAAGCUUCGGAGAGAUCAGAGUAGAUGGUGGCUUAAGGUGGCUUGUUGUCUGUCACUCAUUAUGGUUCUCAAUGGCUGAAAUCCAGAUACUUUAUCUCUUGUAGACUCUGCUCUCUCUGUAUCUUGUGGUUUUACUUUCUGGGCCACAAAAAUGUGGUUGUGACAAACAGUGGCCUGUCACACUGUUAUGUUAUUUGCUUCUCUGCCUAAGUGUGCACAGGGGGAUCAUUCUGUCUCCAUUUGGAAGUCCAGGAGUUUCUAGAGCAGUGGUUCUCAACCUGUGGUUGGCGAUUCCCUUGAGGGGUGGUGGUUGAAUGACCCUUUCACAGGGGUCACCUAAGACUAGCAAGAAAGAGAUAUUUACAUUAUGGUUCUUUUUUUUUUUUUUUUUUUUCUGGAGCUGGGGACCGAACCCAGGGCCUUGUGCUUGCUAGGCAAGCGCUCUACCACUGAGCUAAAUCCUCAACCCCUACAUUAUGGUUCUUAACAGUGGCAAAGUUAUAGUUAUAAAGUCAAAAGCAAUCUGUGAGAGUCGGGGGUAGUGAGGGAGCAGAUUAAAAAGACACGAAUAAUGGAUACUUUGGACAUGCUCUUUUACCUUUAUCUUCUAUAGAUCCUUUCUUCUUUCUCUCUUGUUUGCUUUUGUUGAGACAGGGUUUCUCUAUAUAGCCCUGGCUGUCCCCGAACUCCCAGAUAGAGCAGGCUGGCCUUGAACCUGAACCUCUGCCUGUCUUUGCCUCUCAAGCGCUGGGAUUAUGCCCAGCUCCUCUAUGGUUUCUUCUGCAGCAGCCAAGUCUCUUUCCUUUGAGACUGUCUCAUACUUGUAGACAAGGCAGGCCUCACGUUGGAUCUAACUACCUCAGCGUUUCAAGGACUGGGAAAGCAGAUGUGAGCCACCACCCUGGGCACAUGUCAUAGCACAGUCCUGGCUGCAUGCUUUCCUGAUUAGAAAGAUAGGAAAGCUGACCUAAUAGUGCUUCCAGGGCUUGUGCUCACCCUCUCACCCCCUCACUCACUCACUCGCUCACUCACUCGCUCACUCACUCACUCGCUCACUCACUCACGGGGUUCAUCCUUGUAUCUUGAGACAUACUCAAUAAAUUUUUUAUUUGUAAUUCACUCUGUCUUUUGCUUUGAGUUUUUUGUGGGUGUGUUUUCAAACUCAGUGCUGAGCUGACAGUUUUACUGGGCAGGGCCUUGUGCUUCCGUCAGGGCUCCUCAUGCAUUAUGUAUCACCUGUCAGAUAGAUAGUUCCAAGUUCCUCUUACUGUGAGCAUCGGGUUUUCUUUUUUCCUUUUUUCCUUUAUUUUGUCUUAAGAACAAUUAAAUUAGUCAAUUUUGCAUACAUGUGUAUGUGUGUGGUUUUUUUUUUUUUCCAGAGCUGGGGACCGAACCCAGGGCCUUGCGCUUGCUAGGCAAGCGCUCUACCACUGAGCUAAAUCCCCAGCCCCAUGUGUGUGUUUUUUAUUUUUUAUUUUUUUAAAGAUGAAGUCUUACUGUGUUGAACUCAAGCGCUUAAUUUAAGUAAUCCUCUUGCCUCAGCUUCCCGCAUGCCUGUGAUUACAGGUGUGUAUCUGGGCAUGGCUAGCAGAGUCUUUUGAGCAAUUGAAACGUAGCAGAUUGGAAUGUGUUGUCAACAGAAGUAUACAGUUGAUUUCAAAGUGUGAGAAAAAUGUUAAUUGUACAUCGUGCACUUUUUCUUCACGUGCUCAUGCACAUGCUAGGCACAUGUUUGGAGCUGAGACGUCAACCUGUAGAAGUCUGUUUUUUUCUCCUUCUAUCAUGUGAGUUUUGGGGAUCCAGUUCAAGUUCUUAGGGUUGCUGGCAAGUGUUUUAUUCACUGAUCCCAUCUUGUUGGUCCUUGAUUAUGUUUUGAAAUGAUAACUUAGAUUUAUUGGGCUAAAACAUGACAUUUAUGUGUUUCUUUUUAACAUUUCUGCAGUCUUGGGUUUCGUAGAACUUACUAGGUAGACCAAGCUGGCCUUGAACCUAGCCUGUCUCUGCCUGGAUUGAAGUGUAAAUCGCCAUGCCUGGACAUGUUCCUUUUUAACAAAUGAUCUGGUUACUAGAGAAUCCAGAAUUACUUAUUUGUCUUGCUUUUGGACAGUGAUAGUCUAUAAAGUACGGCAGUGUCAACAGGUGUAAUUAUCUGAUUUAAGACGUACAGCCAGUUCAAAUACCACUCACAGGAGGUAGUAAUUGAAUCGUUUGUUCAUAGCUUCAUUGGCCUAGUUUUUUUUUUUUUUUUUUUUUUUUUUUUUCUCUUUCUUUUUUUUCCGGAGCUGAGGACCGAACCCAGGGCCUUGCGCUUUCUAGGCAAGAGCUCUACCACUGACUAAAUCCCCAACCCCUUGGCCUAGUUUUAAGAAGAGGCUUCAGAAACCCAGGUCACCAGCUGCCUCAGUGGUUUAUAAGGCAAGACAUCGUUCUGCUUGAUGCUUUAGUUUGAAAAUCUGUUGUGGACCAGAUGAUCUUAUACAUUUGUCAGGAAGCAGGACAGGCCAUGAGCAACUGAAAGAAAUGCAAACAAGACUGGGACUGUGGUUUGUCCCUGAGCAGGCAGAGCAUUGCCCAGUGGCCCCAGCAGCUCAGAAAAGGAAAGAAUUCUGGGCUGGAGAAUACUCUGGAGACACAAUUACUGUUGGCCUGUCACACCUUGUAUUUUUACUUUGUUUUUUUUAUUGUUCUGAGGUAGGAUCUCUUGGAGCUCUGGUGGUCCUGGAACUCAUUACAUAGGCUGGGCUGGCCUUGAACUCACAGAUCUCUGUGUCUGCCUUUGCCUUUGUGUUGGGAUUAGAGGUGUGUGCCACCACACCCAGCCCUUUUUGUUUCUAUUUAAAAAAUUUCUUUGUACUGAGUGCAGGUGCUCUCGGAGGCUGAGAGACAUUGGGCCUCCUGGAGCUAGAGUUCUGGACAGUUGGUUGCCUGACUUGCACGUAGGAAAUUGAACUCAAGUCCUCUGCGAGCAGUAAGUACUCUUUAACCCUUCAACUCCUCAGCCAUCUCUCAGUCCCCACUUCUGUUCUUUGAGAGCCAAUACUCGACCCUCCACCUCCCAGACUUUGUAUGGCAGUAGAGGGUGGAUGGGGUAUGUAAAGGAUCCCGUACGGGAGACAGGCCUGAGCCUGAAUCUCUCACCCAUGGGAUCAGGCUCUGUUCAGCCAGGAAGUGAAAUGGUUAAGUUGACCCCAAGCUGACCUAUGCCCUUGUAGAUUGGGUUUUGACAGUCUGCCAUGAAACGGAAAUACUUGACCUUUGUCAAUCACUCAGGAGCUAAAGAAGCCAUACCAAUGUCUCCCAGUCCUGUCUUUCCAAUAUGAGUGAACAAAACGGAAAGAAGAGAAACAGAUGGAGUAAACUGCCUUUCUUCUGUGGGAUGCAGGGCGUUUGGAAAGCAACCCAGUGUUGUCUCAGUGUUUUCAGUGGCCAUGGCCUAGCAGCUCAGGUUACAUUGCCUCUUCUGUAUUGGGGGCGGGGGACAGCAAGUGACACAGCAUAACCGUGUAGCCACACUUACAUAACCGUGACUUGGGGGACAGGACUAAGCGGUGAGUGGACUGCCGCGGACCAGGGAGAUGGCACUAGAACAGAGUGUGACUUCUGUCGAGCCUGUGGUGAGAUCAUCAGCAGGCCUCUCUCCGGCUAGACUCACUCGGGCACUCCCAGAGCCUCGGUUCAUAGGCAGUGUCCUCAUUUAGGACAGAAUCUUCCAGUGCAGCUGUCUCCAGACUUAACCAAGAGACUAAGUUCUCUAUAGAAACACCCACAUUUGUAUGGAUGAUUGGGGAAAGAUAGUGGCAGCAGACAAGGGAAAAGCAUCCUGACCUUCCGAGAAAAUGAGUAUGCUGAAACCCAGCGGGCUGAAGGCCCCGACCAAGAUCCUAAAGCCUGGGAGCACAGCCUUGAAGACCCCUGCUGCUGCUGCAGCUCCAUUGGAGAAGACAGUACCCAGUGAAAAAGCCUCAGGCCCUCCAUCCUCUGAGACCCAAGAGGAGUUUGUGGACGACUUCCGAGUUGGAGAACGUGUUUGGGUGAACGGGAAUAAACCUGGAUUUAUCCAGUUUCUUGGGGAAACUCAGUUUGCACCAGGCCAGUGGGCUGGUAUUGUUUUGGAUGAACCCAUAGGAAAGAACGACGGCUCAGUGGCAGGAGUGCGGUAUUUCCAGUGUGAGCCUUUAAAGGGCAUCUUCACCCGACCGUCAAAGCUAACGAGGAAGGUACAAGCAGAGGAUGAAGCCAACGGCCUGCAGACAGCUCACGCGAGAGCUGCUUCACCUCUGUCCACUGCUGCAGCCACCAUGGUGUCCUCUUCUCCAGCCACUCCCUCAAAUAUUCCCCAGAAACCGUCCCAGCCAGUGGCAAAAGAAACUUCAGCGACACCUCAAAUUAGCAACCUUACGAAAACCGCCAGCGAGUCAAUCUCCAACCUUUCAGAGGCUGGCUCUGUCAAGAAGGGAGAGCGAGAGCUCAAGAUCGGAGACAGGGUGCUGGUCGGUGGCACGAAGGCUGGCGUGGUCCGGUUUCUUGGAGAGACUGACUUCGCCAAGGGGGAGUGGUGUGGUGUGGAAUUGGACGAACCUUUGGGGAAGAACGACGGUGCUGUUGCUGGAACAAGGUAUUUUCAAUGUCAACCCAAGUACGGAUUGUUCGCUCCCGUCCACAAAGUGACAAAGAUUGGCUUCCCUUCUACCACCCCAGCCAAAGCCAAAGCCGCUGCUGUGAGGCGAGUGAUGGCCACCACGCCCGCCAGCCUGAAGCGAAGCCCUUCUGCCUCCUCCCUCAGCUCCAUGAGCUCUGUGGCCUCCUCUGUGAGCAGCAAGCCCAGCCGGACAGGACUAUUGACUGAAACCUCUUCCCGCUACGCCCGCAAGAUCUCGGGCACCACUGCCCUCCAGGAGGCGCUGAAGGAGAAGCAGCAGCACAUUGAGCAGCUGCUGGCUGAGCGGGACCUGGAGCGGGCCGAGGUGGCCAAGGCUACCAGCCACGUGGGGGAAAUAGAGCAGGAGCUAGCCCUGGCCCGAGAUGGGCAUGACCAGCAUGUCCUGGAACUGGAGGCCAAGAUGGACCAGCUGCGUACCAUGGUAGAAGCUGCUGACAGGGAGAAAGUGGAGCUCCUCAACCAGCUGGAAGAGGAGAAAAGGAAGGUUGAGGACCUUCAGUUCCGAGUUGAAGAAGAAUCAAUUACCAAAGGUGAUCUUGAGCAAAAGAGCCAGAUCUCUGAAGACCCCGAGAAUACGCAGACCAAACUGGAGCAUGCCCGCAUUAAGGAGCUUGAACAGAGCCUGCUCUUUGAAAAGACCAAAGCUGACAAACUCCAGAGGGAGUUAGAAGACACUAGGGUGGCUACAGUAUCAGAAAAGUCCCGAAUAAUGGAACUAGAAAAGGACCUAGCGUUGAGAGUACAGGAAGUAGCUGAGCUCCGAAGAAGGCUAGAGUCCAGUAAACCUCCCGGAGAUGUGGAUAUGUCUCUUUCUCUUUUGCAAGAAAUCAGUGCUUUGCAAGAAAAGCUAGAAGUCACACAUACUGACCACCAGAACGAGGUGACGUCUCUGAAGGACCACUUUGGAACUCGGGAAGAGAUGUUUCAGAAGGAGAUCAAGGCUCUGCACGCUGCCACUGAAAAGCUCUCCAAAGAGAACGAGUCCUUGAGGAGCAAGCUUGACCAUGCCAACAAGGAGAACUCAGACGUCAUCGCUCUGUGGAAGUCCAAACUGGAGACCGCCAUCGCGUCCCACCAGCAGGCAAUGGAGGAGCUGAAGGUGUCCUUUAGCAAAGGGAUUGGAACUGACUCGGCUGAGUUUGCUGAGUUAAAGACACAGAUAGAGAGACUCAGACUAGAUUACCAGCACGAAAUAGAAAGUUUACAGAGUAAGCAGGACUCCGAACGGUCUGCCCAUGCUAAAGAGAUGGAGUCCAUGAAGGCCAAGCUGAUGAAGAUCAUCAAAGAGAAGGAGGACAGCCUGGAGGCCGUCAAAGCACGGCUGGACACGGCGGAAGACCAGCACCUGGUGGAGAUGGAGGAGAUGCUCAGCAAGCUGCAGGAGGCAGAGAUUAAGGUAAAGGAACUAGAGGUUCUGCAGGCCAAGUACAGUGAACAAACCCAGGUCGUUGGUCAUCUCACAUCACAACUCAGUGUUGUCGAAGAACAGCUCUUGGAUCUGGAUGCCCUUCGGAAGGCCAACUCCGAAGGUAAACUGGAGAUCGAGACACUUAGGCAGCAGCUUGAGGGAGCCGAAAAGCAGAUUAAAAACUUAGAGAUGGAGAGGAACGCUGAAAGUAGCAAGGCUAAUAGCAUUACCAAAGACCUCCAGGGAAAAGAACUAAUGCUCACUAGUCUGCAGAGCAAUUUGAAUGAAGUCAAUCAAGUGAAGGAGACUUUGGAAAAAGAACUUCAGACUUUGAAAGAAAAGUUUGCCAGCGCUUCAGAGGAGGCCGUCUCUACUCAGACAAGUAUGCAAGAUACUGUUAAUAAACUGCACCAAAAGGAGGAACAGUUUAAUAUGUUGUCUUCUGAACUGGAGAAGCUGAGAGAAAAUUUAACAGACAUGGAGGCAAAAUUUAAAGAGAAGGAUGAACGGGAAGAUCAGCUGGUAAAGGCAAAGGAAAAGUUAGAAAAUGACAUUGCAGAAAUAAUGAAGAUGUCAGGGGACAACUCUUCUCAGCUGACAAAGAUGAAUGACGAAUUACGUCUGAAGGAAAGGUCUGUGGAAGAACUACAACUCAAACUUACAAAGGCUAAUGAAAAUGCAAGUCUUCUGCAGAAAAGUAUCGGGGAAGUAACUCUUAAAGCUGAACAGAGUCAACAGGAAGCAGCCAAAAAACAUGAAGAGGAAAAGAAAGAACUGGAGAACAAAUUGUUGGAACUGGAAAAGAAGAUGGAAACUAGCCACUACCAGUGUCAGGACCUGAAAGCCAAGUAUGAAAAAGCCAGUUCUGAGACUAAAAUAAAGCACGAAGAAAUCCUGCAAAACUUCCAGAAGAUGCUGGUGGACACGGAGGAUAAACUGAAGGCUGCCCAGGAGGCCAACAGAGACCUGAUGCAGGACAUGGAGGAGCUGAAAUCCCAGGCCGACAAAGCCAAAUCGCUAACUUAUUUGUUAACGUCAGCCAAAAAAGAGAUUGAAGUAAUGUCAGAAGAGCUGAGGGGUCUGAAGUCAGAGAAGCAGCUCUUUGCCCAGGAGGCAAGCGCUUUAAAGUUAGAGAAAGGUUCUCUUUUAUCAAAGCUUAUAGAAGUGGAGACCAAGAUAACCUUGCUUCAGGAAGACCAACAGAAGCUAUGGUCAGUAAACGAAAACCUCCAUUUAGAAAAGGAGAGGAUCUCCGAGGAAAAGCAGGUUGCCGAGAAGCGUUAUCAGCAGGAGCAUCGGGAUAAGGAGUCUCUGGUGGUUGAGAGAGAGAAGCUGCUGAAGGAGAUCAAUGUGACCCAGGAAGAGCUCCUGAAGAUGCACAUGGAGAAAGACUCCCUGGAGGCCUCCAAGGUGAGCAUGCAGGUGCUGAUCGAGGAGCUGCGCUUCUGCAAGGACAAACUGAUGGCCAUGUCGGAGAAGGCCCGGGCAGAGAAGGAGCAGCUGGAGGGGCAGGUCAAGAAGCUCACUGCGGAGAACAUGGUCUUGGUCAAAGACAAGGAUGACGUCAUUCAGAAACUUCAGAGCGCUUACGAGGAGCUCGUCAAGGACCAGAAGGCCUUGGUCCAAGAGAUCGAGGACCUCACGACCGAGAAGAAGUCAGCCGCCGAGAAGCAGAUGAACCUCGAUAACACCUGCCUCACCCUAAAGGCAGAGCGGGAGAACCUUCUCCAGAGUAACCGAGACCUGCAGUUUGAGAAGGACACACUGCGCCAGGGCCAGGAGAAGCUGAGCGCCAGCCUGGAGGCCACCCUGCAGGUCAAGCAGCUGCUCAGCACGGAGGCAGAGACGCUGCGCACGCAGCUGGACUGCGCCACCAAGGCGCUGAGGAAGGCGGAGCUGGACAUGAGACAGCUGCAGACCUCCAACACCAGUCUCACGAAGCUCCUGGAAGAGAUUAAGACCUGCCGGGCCAUCACGGACUCGGAGUGUAUCCAGCUUCUCCAUGAGAAGGAGAGCUUGGCGGCCUCCGAGAGAGCGCUCCUGGCGGAGAAAGAGGAACUGCUAAAUGAAAAUAGGGUCAUCACUGAGAAACUCAACAAACACUCGGAAGAGGUAACCCGUCUCGAGGUGAGCCUGAACGAGAAGAUCACGUACCUGACUUCUGAGAAGGAGAUGGCUUGUCAGAAAGUCGCUAGGCUCAAAAAGCAGCAGGACAGCCUCUUGAAAGAAAAAUCAGCCCUGGAGGUGCAAAAUGGAGAUCUGCUUGCUGACAGGGAGAGUUCCAUCAAGGCCAUAGGGGACCUGAAGAGGAAAUAUGAGCAGGAGGCCACAAACAGGCGGCUCGCGGUGCAGGAGAAGGUGAAGCUGCUGGGCAACAUCGACGCGCUGAAGAAAGAGCUUCAGCAGAGAAAGAAGGAGAACCAGGAGCUGGCGAGCAGCAAGUGCGACCUCUCCUUGAUGCUCAAAGAGGCUCAGACGGCCAAGAAGAACCUUGAAAAAGAGCACACGAGCAUGAUGCAGGCCAAGGAGGACCUGAACGCCGAGCUGAAGACGUGCUGCUGCGAGAAGAACAUCCUGCUGAGGGAUGGCUUGAACCUGCAGGAGGAGUGUCAGAAACUAAAUGAGGAGAUUCGGGAAAUCCAACAGACGUUAAUGCUGGAGAAGGAGGCCAGGGCCAAGGAGAGCGAGAGCUCUUUGUAUGAAAGCAACAAGCUCCACGGGAGAAUAGUGCUCUUAGAGGAAGAGAUACAGGGGCUGAGGACAUGUAGUGAGCAGCUCCAGACUGAGAAUUUUACCCUUACCCAAGAGAAGACCAACUCAGAGCAAAAAGUGGUGGAGAUCAUUAAGGAAAAGGAACUUCUGAGCGCAGAGACGGCUCAGCUCGCGGCCAACAUCGAGACCCUCAAAAGUGACUUCGCUGCCCUUUCCAAGUCCAAGUUGGAAUUGCAAGAACUACACAGCUGCCUCACCAAGAUCCUGGAUGACCUCCGGCUGAACCAUGAGGUGGCCGUGACCGAGAGGGCCGAGGUGCUUCAGGACAACAAGAACCUCCUGGCUGAGAAACGAGAGAUGAUGCUGAGAAAUGAGGAGGUGCUGAAGGAGAAGGAGAAGCUGGAAGAAAGCUACUUCGUCCUCCAGAAGGAGAUUAGCCAGCUGGCCCAAACCAACAGCCACAUUUCAGCCGACCUCCUAGAAGCCCAAAGCGAAAACCGGACUUUGAGGAAAGACAAGAGCAAGCUAACCCUUAAAAUUAGAGAGCUUGAGACCCUCCAUUCGUUCACGGCUGCUCAGACUGCAGAAGACGCCAUGCAGAUCAUGGAACAGAUGACCAAAGAGAAAACAGAAACACUGGCCUCCUUGGAGGACACCAAGCAAACGAAUGCAAAACUACAGAGCGAAUUGGACACACUUAAGGAAAACAACUUGAAAACUGUGGAAGAGCUGAACAAGUCAAAAGAACUUCUGAACGAAGAGAACCAAAAAAUGGAAGAAUUCAAGAAGGAAAUAGAAACCCUAAAGCAGGCAGCAGCUCAGAAGUCCCAGCAGCUUUCAGCACUGCAGGAAGAGAACGUCAAACUUGCCGAGGAGCUGGGGAGGACGCGGGACGAAGUCACAAGUCAUCAAAAGCUGGAAGAAGAACGAUCUGUACUCAAUAAUCAGUUGUUAGAAAUGAAAAAGAGAGAAUCCGAGUACAGAAAAGACGCCGAUGAAGAGAAAGCCUCCUUGCAGAAAUCCAUCAGCCUCACCAGUGCCUUACUCACGGAGAAGGACGCAGAGCUGGAGAAGCUGAGGAAUGAGGUCACAGUGCUCAGGGGGGAAAACGCCUCUGCCAAGUCCCUGCACUCAGUCGUGCAGACCCUGGAGUCGGAUAAGGUGAAGCUUGAGCUCAAGGUCAAAAACCUGGAACUUCAACUCAAGGAAAACAAGAGGCAGCUCAGCAGCUCCUCAGGUAACACUGAUGUUCAGACAGAAGAGGAUGAGAGAGCCCAGGAGAGUCAGAUUGAUUUCCUCAACUCGGUAAUAGUGGACCUUCAAAGAAAGAACCAAGACCUCAAGAUGAAGGUGGAGAUGAUGUCUGAAGCUGCGCUGAACGGCAACGGGGAGGAUCCGAACAGUUACGACAGUGAUGACCAGGAGAAGCAGUCCAAGAAGAAACCCCGCCUCUUCUGUGACAUUUGUGACUGCUUUGAUCUCCACGACACAGAGGACUGCCCCACCCAGGCGCAGAUGUCAGAAGACCCUCCGCACUCCACUCACCACGGCAGCCGGAGCGAGGAGCGGCCAUACUGUGAGAUCUGUGAGAUGUUUGGCCACUGGGCCACCAACUGCAACGACGAUGAGACCUUCUGAGGAGGCCGGGCACACAGGACUGGGCUUCCCGGACGCCGGCCCCUCAGCAGCUUUCCACCAGCGCUGCCCACGUGACUUCGGAAGAACUCCUUAUUUUUUGACCCCCCUGUCAACAAAUCUGAGAAAGUAUUUUGAUCUUCAACAGAUUUCCCUUUCUUUUCCUCUCGUAAGUUAAAAUAAUAAACAUUUGGUAGGUGGGCUUGCACUUCCGUCCUUGUUUUCUGGAUUUUUAAAGUUUAAGACAUUGUACGAGGUGCUACAGUAACUUUUUGUUCCCGGAGAAACACCCUGGGACAAGCUGGACCCUGGCAGUGUCUUAUUUAAGAAACUUUAAAUUAUGACGUUAAGCCUCAUAUUUGCACUAAAAUGUUUCCUGGCUUCAUCUGUAUAUUUCGGUGGUUGUUUUUGUUACGCUUUGACACUGGAAUGAGUUGCAAAAAGAAAAAAAAGCGCCACUUUGUGAAUUCGUGCCCUCCUUUAAAUACUUUUUUUCCUAAGUGUCCAAGCUGUCGGCACUACCCACUGUCAGUAGUGCCCUUUUCCAGGCUUGACAAGACUUGGGCGAGAUUAUAAAUCAUGAAACAGGUAAAAGGGAGGGGAAAGCCCCAAACUGCUGUGGGGACAUUUUCUAAUCUAUAUGCUACACCCCUGGUGGUGUUUUCUUUAUUGGUUUUACAUAAUUUCAACCUCUAUAUAUUAUAUGUAUAUAUAUUUUUUAAAAAACAAAAUCUAUAUUUUGGGAAAAAAAAGUCUAUACAGUGUGUCUUCUUUUCAGAUUUUUUUACCUUUACAAAAAAGAAAACACCUAAAGGCUCACCAGGAUGUGACCGGCUGGGCCAGAGACAGGCUCUGCGGUGUCACGGCCAUCGUCUUUGUUUCCGUGUUGUUUCUUAGCCAGCUCGUCGGUUGUUCCCCUUCUUUAGCAGAUAACCCCAGCAGCAAACCAAGCCGCUCUUACGGCCGCCAAACUAACCGGUCCACAGCCCUCCCUUAUGCAUCUGUGCGGUUCGUUUGUUGUUUGUUGUUUGUUUUUUCUUUUACUGUAUUUUUAAUGAAUGUAUGAUGAGAAAUUCAACAUGGAUAAUUUUGAAUUUUCUUAUCACAAAAAGAUAAAACAAAGGACCUCAAUCAACUGAAGAGUUUAUCAGCCAGUCUGAGUCUGUCUGUCUUCACUUGAAUGUCUUUGAAAAUAUGUAAGAAGGAGUCAGACGCGUGUCCAUGCCACGUGCAGGAUAAGAGCUUCCACCUUUGUAUAUAAAUAAGCCUUCGCCAUGUCCCCCGUAAGAUUAUCCACUGUGCUUGACGAGUGAACAUUCAACAAACCUGUUACCAGUUGGCAUUUUGGGUUAAUAAAACUAUAGGAAUUAUUUCACAAACGAAAUAUGUAAAGCAGUAUUAAAAUCUGAGUUCUGUACCUACUUCAA